GCAAUCGAAACUGAAUUUUUCAUUGAACGGUGGCCAAAGGAAAAAAAAGGUCAAGAAAAGUAGACAAUAUCCGCAUUACAAGUAAAAUACGUCGAAAUAUGUGUUUUAAAUAUAAAUUAUCAUUUUUCGCAUCAAAAUGAGUGAAUUUUCAUUCAAAAAUGUACAAAUAAGAGUGAAUAUUGAAUAAAGUGCGCCAAACAAACAAAAAACCAAAAAAAUUAAGAGUGACUGAACUGAUUGAUACUGACAGAAAUAUGUCUGAAUUAUUAGAAUUACAUCAAUUGGUCGACUCAGAUGCCGAAUCACAUCAAAUUCGACGAUCAAAAAUGCAUGAACUGAUGCACAGUUGUUACUCAUGCUCAUUUUUAGGUAUUUUACUUGCAACAUUGUCUUCAUUCUUCUUUUCUCUGUGCUCGGUCAUCGUAAAAGAACUCGUCGAUAUAAAUCCAGUUGAAUUGGCUUCAUUUCGAUUCAUCGGUGUGCUAUUGCCGUCUAUUCCAAUUUUGGUCUAUAAACAAGAAGAUGUCUUCCCAAGUGGCAAACGAACGAUCCUACUUUUGCGGUGUUUUGUUGGCACAACGGGAUUAAUACUUAGCUUUUAUGCAUUCAGACACAUGCCAUUGGCAGAUGCAUCCGUCAUUAUUUUUUCGACCCCUGUAUUUGUCGCAAUUUUUGCGAAUCUAUUUCUCAAAGAGCCAUGUGGACUAUUCAAUGCAUUUACAAUCUUAUUGACUUUAUUCGGUGUGGUGUUAAUAACACGACCAUCGAUGAUAUUUGGUGACACCAUGUCCGGUUUCACAGAUGAACUCUUCAUUGAUGACGAACACGAUAAUAUGUGGGGUGCAGUUGCAGCGAUUGCAUCAACCUUGUUUGGAGCCAAUGCCUAUGUUACAUUGCGUGCAUUAAAAGGAAUUCAUUAUUCAGUGAUUAUGAGCAAUUUUGGAGCUUUUGGAAUACUUUACACAGUGAUUGUAUGUUGGUUUAUGAACGUACUUUGUAUGCCUUAUUGUAAUUCAGAUCGAUGGAUGGUUGUUGCGCUUGGUGCAUUUAGUUUUUUGGGCCAAAUUUUACUCACGAUAUCAUUGCAAUUGGAAGAAGCUGGACCAGUUGCGAUUGCACGAUCAGCCGAUAUUGUGUUUGCAUUCUUUUGGCAAACAUUAUUCUUCAAAGAGAUUCCAAAUGGUUAUUCGAUUGUUGGAGCUAUCAUUGUAACCACAUCAGUCAUUUUGACCGGAUUGAAAAGAUGGUCACAAACAUUACCAAGAGAAUCAAUGAUGCGAAAACGAUUGAGAUACAUUUUGCUUGAAGUUUGGAUUUAGUGUAACAUAAUGGAAUCAGUUGAACAAUGAAAAGGAGCACACAUCGCCAAAAUCACAAAUAUACAUAUACAUAUAUCGACACAAUCUAGUAUAGCGAUGAUACGCAUUAAAUAUAGGAAAGAACCAUGGAAUUGAAUACAAUCUCAUUUGACUGACCUUUUUAAGACAUUUAACCAAUUCUGCGCUGAAAAAUAUUUUACCUUUUUUAAGAUCAAUCAUUUCUAGUCAAACUUACACAUUUCUAGUCAAAAAUGUAUGUUUUUUAGCCAAAUGAAAUUUGCGCCCCAUAUACAUGUAAGAAAUUAUGUUUGAAUUUUGUUUUCAAAUUUCAUGAAUUGAGCUUAGUGAACAUCCAUACGUAUCCAUUACGUAUGGUUUUCACAUUCUUCUUCCUUUAAUGGAAUUCUAGUCACUUUGAACGUUGAAUGAAAAAUCCAUCUAUGAAUUUAAUGGACAUUUUUUUGCUUUCCUAAAUAUAGAAUACUAUCAUGAAAUAUCCUUGUUUUGCCAUGCAGAUGUUUUCCUAUGUA